GCUUAUCACCUUUUAUAUUAAACUUAGAGUCGGUGCAUUCGUUUAUCAGUCUGGAUCUGAUCGUUUGUUGUUUAAUAUCUAGCGGCAAAAAUGGCUCCGGUUGCGCCCAAAGUGAAAUUGAAUAAUGGUUAUGAAAUUCCAGUGCUGGGUCUUGGAACGUGGUUGUCCCGCGAAGGAGAAGGCAUAUCAGCGGUCAAAGCUGCCAUCGAUGCGGGUUACCGUCAUAUCGAUACGGCCUUCUUGUACCGUAAUGAGAAGGAAGUUGGACAAGCGAUCCGCGAGAAAAUUGCCGAAGGUGUGAUCAAACGUGAAGAUAUUUUUGUUACUACCAAGCUGUGGAAUGGAUUCCAUGAUCCGGCUCACGUUGAGGAAGCGUUCAACCGUUCGUUCUCGAACCUGGACAUUGGUUACGUCGAUCUGUACUUGAUGCAUACGCCAAUGAGUUAUCAGUUUGUUGCGUGGGAGCCUGAAGACCCAGAUGUACCUAGCGUACCUGAGUUUACUGAAGUGGACUAUUUGGAUACAUGGCGUGCCAUGGAGAAGCUCCUGGAAACUGGCAAAGUAAAGAGCCUCGGCGUGUCAAAUUUCAAUAGCGAACAAAUUGCGCGCCUCGUGAAGGAAUGCAAAGUGAAACCAGUGACCAAUCAAGUUGAGUGCAAUCCUGGGCUUAAUCAACGCAAACUAACCGAGUUUUGCAAUAAUCACGAUAUCACACUGACGGCGUACAGUCCGCUUGGUCGUCCCAACUAUUACGAAAAGGAUCCGAUCAAUACUCCGAAACCUGCAUUGGACGAUCCUCGUGUUCUGGCAAUAGGCAGCAAAUACAAUAAAACACCGGGGCAAGUUAUUCUGCGCUACCUCGUUGACAUUGGUACGAUUCCGGUGCCAAAAUCAUCGAACCCAGAGCGCCUUCGCCAAAACAUUGAAAUCUUCGACUUCAAACUAACCGACGAUGAAAUCAAAAUUUUGGACGACUUCAACACUGGUAAACGCACUGUUCCAUUUGCACUGAGCACCAGUCACAAGUACUAUCCAUUCAAUAUUGAAUUCUAAGCCAAUAAACUGCUUAUAGUGUGGCCUCAAUAACUUUAUAAUUGCUAUAAAAAUCAAUUUCGCGCUGACAAUAUCCCUGACACCAUUUCUAAAGUAGCCUUAUCUGAUUCGCGUAUCGAACAUCCGAAAAACGAGCAUACCAAAAUCGAUCUUCUUGCUUCUUAGAAAGCUACUUAUUCGUCGGUACAUAAUCUACCGUGAAACUAAAUUUUAACAGAUUUACACCUUCUAUUCAUCCGAACAAUGAUUAUGCAUUCACUCUGCGCCCCAGCUGCCGAUUUGCGACCCAUCCAUCGGUAAAAGCUAAUACAAUGCACCCACACCGUGCACUGCCGAAAGGACCAUCUUCCGUAAUUCGGCAUGACCGUCCGUGAUAAUGUCUGCGAACCCUCAUCAAGGAAGUGCAACAAAAAGAACAGAGCGGACCGUGGAAAAUCGAAUGAUUAGCGUGACGCCAUGUGCCGAGUUAUAAGAAGCAGCAAGAAUGAAGUAAGGACAAAAUUUUCAUGGGAUCGAUACAGCGCGUAUAGAAAAUGUUGUUUUAUAAUUUGCUUUGUCUUUUCGUUUGCUACUUGGCUUGAUGGGAUCCACUUGAUUUAGUUUCAUAAGGAAUGCAAAUAUGUAAUUAAUCAUUGUGUAUAACAGCAAUUUUUGAUAUUGAAAGUCACUGCUUUUUAUAUGCAAUUAGCGAGGUCUGAGGUUUUUCUGGUCUUUUUAGUGCUAAUAAUUAUUCAAUUUAAAAUUCA